AUGAAAGUAUCCGCUCUUAGACAAGAAACAACUAUUGAAGAAGUCAAAGGUAUUCCUGAUUCCUUUUUGGAGAUUGAAGUGAGAGCACCCCAAACCCAUGGUACCGGAUUUGGCAUGUACACGGAUUACGAAAUUGUUUGCAGAACAAAUAUGCCCAUGUUCAACUUUAAACAAUCCACAGUGAGAAGAAGAUACAGCAAAUUUGAAUCACUGAAAUUCAAGCUGGAGGAGAAUGACUAUGAGAUCAAGGUCCCUAACCUACCUGGCAAGGUUUUUACAAGCAGAUUUUCUGACAAGGUGAUUGAGGAGAGAAGACAAAAGUUGGAGCGAUUUUUACAGAUCCUCUGCAGCAACAUCACUUUAAUACAAGAAUAUGAAGAGUCAAAAGCAAAUCUAAUCGUCAAAUUCAUUCAAGGCAAAUACUAG